AUGGCUCCACUCACCUCUCCAUCUGACUGUGUCAGCUGCGCCCGCCUGGUUGAUAAAAUCACAGAGCUGGAAAGAAGAAUAUCCACGCUCUACAGGAUCCAGGAGGCCAAGAACCUCAUGGACACCAUCAUCUUCGGUCCAGCACAAACCGACACAGCCAGCGACCGUGUGCAUGAUUCCAUCGCUUCCAGUCCUGCUGCCGCGGCCCCUCCUCCGGUCACAGUCCCUGAGGCUUCUUGGCUACGGCUCGGAGCUAAGCCUAAAGCCCUGGUCAGCUCCACUCCAUCACAUCACGAGCCCUGGUCCCUGCAUUAUGUGGGUCAGUCCCAGUUGACGGCUGCUGGGGAGCAAGAAUUUGUCCUGAAGAGGAAAAAAGUUGUUCUGAAGUCACUCAACAGGCUGGGAAUCGAGUGUACACUGGAAUCCGUCCCUCACAUCGCACUCUUGGGAUCAGGUGGGGGUCAGAGGGCAGCUGUGGGUCUGAUGGGUUCCCUCUAUCAGAUGGAAAAGGAAGGUCUUUUGGACACUCUGCUCUACCUGGGAGGAGUUUCUGGCUCUUGCUGGUCCAUGUCCUCCAUCUACAGUGACCCAGAGUGGAGCAGCAGCAUGGACACAGCCGUGUCCAGGCUGUCAGGUCCUGGGGUUGAGCUGGAGGCAGCUCUGGCCUGGCUGGGCGAGAGAGCAGAGGAGGAGCACUUCUCUCUCUCUGAUAUCUGGGGGGUCUUGACCUCUGCUGGGAUCAUGAAACAGUUGGAUCAUCGAAAUCUUACUGAGGAUGGCAAGAACGCCUCCAAUCCCUAUCCCAUCUACAACGCAGUAAACAAAAACUGCCUGCACAAUGGCCCUGUAGAAGGUAAAUGGUUUGAGAUGACUCCUCAUGAGGCUGGCUUUACAGAUCUGGGUUUCUUCAUUAACACCUCUCAUGUGGGCAGCAACCGUGAAGCAGAUCGUGGAGGUAAAGGGCCAGAGAUGGACAUGAUCAAGCUGCAAGGUAUAGUGGGCAGCGCUGUAGCAGAUGAAAAAAGUCUGGUCCAAUUUAUGCCUGACUGGCUGAAAGUUCCACAGCAGAUCAACAGUUUCUGGGACGUCUUGGACCGUUACAUGCGUGGGUACCACAGUCUUUUGAAGCUAACAGAAGUGAUCAGAGAAAACACUGAAGAUCCCACCGUUUUAUCUGACCUGGACAACCUGCAGAAAACAUUAAAAGAAAGUAUGAAUUUAAACCCGUCGGUAUUUUUUGGAAAGAAGAGCCAAGAAGAACAAAAACUGAUUUUUAAGCAGUGGCGUCAGAAAAUGUUGGCACCCUUACGGAUUUGGAGCCAGAGUCUGGAUGAAGCACCAAUCAAAGAGAAUGUUUCUUUGCUAAUCCAAAAAGUCAUCCCUCUGAUUGGGAAAUGGGAAUGGGGAACAACUGAAAACUUCCUCUACCAAUACCCAGGUGCUGCGGUGCCAUCUUGUAUCAAACUUAAGGAACACCUACAGCUGAUAGACGCUGCUUUGAUGCUCAACAUGCCCUUCCCUCCCUUCCUGGGAGAAAAGAGAGAUGCAGACCUUCUUAUUGCUCUGGACUAUGGGGCUGAUGACGCCUUCAAGAUUCUGACUCUUGCCAGAGAAUAUGCAAUGGCAAUGAAUAAGCCUUUCCCAGAAAUAGACGACAAAACCCUGGAGGAGACGGCAUGGCCAAAGGACUACUAUGUGUUUGAGGGAAAAAAGAAGGAACCCACGAUUGUUUACAUGCCACUCUUCAACAGACGCAACUGCAAAGAUGCGAAGGAGGUCAAAGCAAAGAUGGAGGAGUUCUUCAUCUUCCAGCUUCCCUUCAGCCAGGAGAAGAUUGAGUUUGUGUUGGAGAUGGCGAAAGCCAACAUAAAGAACAACAAGGAAACUCUGCUGGGGGAGAUGGACAAGGCUGUUAUCCGCCGUCGAGUCAAUAUCUAGGGUGGUCAGUUUGACAACAUCCCGAUCACAGACCUCCUCACAGCCUGUCUUCUUCCCGUCUAUGUAAUGUCAGUGACUAGAGAUGUCCUGCAGAUAACUGUAAGCUAGUGAGGUUUUGCGGGGCAAAAGUCAAAAU